AAGGAGAAGUUUGAACCAACAGUCUUCAGAGACACAAUCAUUCAAGGUCUCAAUGAAGCUGGAAAUGACCUUGAAGCAGUAUCCAAGUUUCUGGAUGUAACGGGUUCGAGACUAGAUUACCGUCGUUAUGCAGACACUCUAUUUGAUAUAUUGAUAGCUGGGAGUAUGCUUGCCCCAGGAGGAACACGUAUUGAUGAUGGAGACAGAACCAAGGUGACCGAAUACUGUGUAUUUGGUGCCACUGAAGAUCAACAAAUCAUCCGAAACUACGCUCAGGUCUUCAAUAAGCUUAUCAGGCGUUACAAAUAUCUGGAAAAAGCGUUUGAAGAUUCCAUCAAAAAGCUAUUGCUAUUCCUAAAAGCAUUUUCGGCUUCAGAACAGACUAAGUUGGCAACGCUAACUGGUAUCCUCUUGGCCAAUGGAUCACUCCCAUCUACAAUUUUAACAAGCCUAUUUUCGGAUAAUUUGGUUAAAGAAGGAAUAUCUGCAUCAUUUGCUGUCAAGGUUUUUAAAGCUUGGAUGGCAGAAAAAGAUGCAAAUGCUGUUACCUCAUCCCUCAAAAAAUCCAAUUUGGACAAGAGGCUUUUGGAACUCUUCCCAGCAAACAAACAAAACUUUGAACAUUUUGCCACAUACUUCACUAAUGCAGGUCUGAAGGAACUAUCUGACUUUCUUAGAGUCCAGCAAUCUCUGGGAACUCGCAAAGAGCUGCAAAAAGAACUCAAAGAAAAACUUUCUCAGGAAUGCCCCAUAAGAGAGAUAGUCUUGUAUCUCAAAGAUGAGAUGAAGAGAAAUGACUUGCCAGAACAGGCAGUAAUUGGACUUCUGUGGACCUGUGUAAUGAAUGCUGUUGAAUGGAACAAGAAAGAGGAACUAGUCACAGAACAAGCUCUGAAACAUCUAAAGCAAUAUGCACCACUCCUUGCAGUGUUCAGUACCCAAGGUCAGUCAGAAUUGACCCUACUGCAGAAGAUUCAGGAAUAUUGCUAUGACAAUAUCCACUUUAUGAAGGCUUUCCAGAAGAUCAUUGUGCUUUUUUACAAAGCCGAUGUUCUGAGUGAAGAAGCCAUUCUAAAAUGGUAUAAGGAAGCACAUGUUCCCAAAGGCAGAAGUAUGUUUCUUGAGCAAAUGAAGAAAUUUGUCGAGUGGCUACAAAAUGCUGAAGAAGAAUCCGAAUCUGCAGAAGGUGAAGAUGAUUAGCAAUGGGACUUGACCAAGCGCCACAUAGUUUAUGAAGGCCUGUUCCCUUGCCUUUACGGUUUCAGUAGGAGAGAUUGUGAUUCCAAAUCAAAUGGAAACAAUAGGAUAGCCUUCCUUGUGUCAAAGAACUGAUGUGAAAUAACGGAGAUCUGAAGCAUUACCUGCUGUGAGAUUCCACACAUUUCAGCUGUAUGCUAAACUUAGUAAAACUAUUUAAAAGGAACAGUGUAGCCUAAAAUGAAAUAACUUUGAUCUUCUUGCAUAAUUUUCAAAUUCUGUGAACUUUACAAUUUUAUUGUAGCCUUUUGAUUUGUCAACAUUUGUAGUUUAUUAACUGUUUGUGAAUACGUAAUUUGGCACUAGGAUUUUUUGAAUAAACAUUUUUGUAUUUUAAAAAUG